AUGCCCCCCAAGCUAUGCUCCAUCUGCGCCAUCGUCCCCCACUGGCUUGCCUCUCUGGACUGGGACGAUUACUCGUACCUGAACGAUACGACCAUCACGCUUCGGUCGUGGAGGGGAAUGCAAGUGCAGGCUGAGGCUGCGGUAGCAGAGAAGAAGAAAAGCAGGGGGAUUUAUGGAUGUGGUAGUAGAAAUGGAGAAGAAGAAGACCAAGAAGAUGGCGAAGGAGGAUGCGACCUCUGCUUCAUGAUCGUCCACUACAGCUACCGCGAGUCCCGCUGCAAGUUUACCUCUAUGUUCCCUGCUGCUCGAUCAAGACCGUAUUACCUGCCGCCGGAGAUGGAUCCGAGAGAACAUAAAGAUGAUGAGAGGUAUCAAGAUGUUCCGUUGGUGUUUGGGAGGGAGGCGACGAAGCAGGGAAGGUGUUGGGAGUAUAGGAUGGUUUGUUUGAGUAAUCGGUCAGUUUGGGGGGCGGAGGUGGUGAAGGUGCCGGGGAAUUGGCGGCCAAAGUAUUUGCCGCCUAUGGCGUACAAUGAUCAGAAUCCUGAAAAUAACGUCUUGCUCUUGAAGGAUUGGCUAGAAAACUGUCGACGGAACCAUAAGCGAUGCCGCGAGAUCAAGAAAACCACAACGGAUACGGGCACCGACUUUUUGCCAACUAGAUUGCUUGAUGUUCAAGCAUUCGGAACGGGUAGUGAGCCGUCAUCCCAUCUUGGGGACGACGUCAGGCUCGUCUGCUUGAGUCCACCGACCAUGGUCUCAAAAUCGGCAGAUACAAUCAAGUCCCCGCAACCCUACUUUACACUAAGUCACUGUUGGGGACCACCGGAAAAGCGCCCAACGACAACAACCAAGGCCAACCUAUCCCAGCGCAUGGAAAGGAUUCCCUUCCUUGAGCUGCCCCGGACCUUUCAAGACGCAAUCGAAAUGACCCGCAAACUAGGCCACCGAUACCUCUGGAUCGACUCCCUUUGCAUCAUCCAAGACGACGAACAAGACUGGGCGCGCGAAGCCAGUUUGAUGGCCAAGGUCUACUCCCACGCAUCCUGUACGCUCUCCGCGCUGAGCUCCCGCGACAGCAGCGGAGGAUUACACUUGGAACCACUAGACGAGGACCGUUCCUAUAUGGAUCUCAGUAUCACCCCCUCACCUGCUGAACAACCAAGUACCGAAAGCGGGGACACGGAGAACAACCGCGCUUUCACCUCUCCCCGAUUUCGAUUACUCUACUACUCCAACGAAGACUGGCACACCCUCUACAACGGGACCAACCGGACAAUGCACAUGGGAGGGCCCAGCGACGACAUCUCGCCGCUCCGCUCUCGGGCAUGGACGCUCCAGGAGCGCGAACUCUCGCGGCGCAUCAUCCAUUUCGCCAGGAAACAGGUACUCUGGGAGUGCGCGGAGCUGAAAGCCACUGCGCAGCGGCCGUGGCAUGACCACUCGUCUUCGUACUACUAUGCUGGGCUGGACUCACUACCACAACAUGAAUGGAAGGAGGAGUGGUCGGAGAUAGAGGUAGAAAGUAUUCAAAGUCUAAGCCUUCCAGUUCAAGACGGCGAUGAUUUGGUCCAAGCUGCUGCUGCUGCUGCUGCCAAUGGCACUACUUUGACAGUUUCCUCUCUGCUCAAAGCCUACACAAGCGAGCGCGAGUGGUGGGCAGUGGUGUUCGAUUACAGCCAGCGGUCAUUAACCAAAGACACGGACAAGCUGGCCGCCCUGUCUGGGAUGGCGCAGUUUUACCAGCGAAACCACUUCCCUUGUGCGCGGUACGUGGCUGGGCUAUGGAGCUCUCGGCUGAAGGAAGAGCUGUUCUGGGAGGUUGAAGAUAAAUCGAGGGCGACAAGACCGGCGCCGGCGCCGGCGGAUAUUUAUGUCGCGCCCAGCUGGUCGUGGGCGUCUGUCAAGGGAGGUGUGAUAAGUUUCAAACCGAAAAUUCCUGUCAGGAGGUUGAGGGAAAUGAGGAAGAAGCAGAUGCUAAUGAUGGCUGGGACAUGGAGGGAUGCAGCUGAUACACGGCCUGAGGAGAAAGACAAUACAGAUCCACGCAAGGACGGCAAAGAUUCACGCAAGGACGGCAAGGAUACAUGGAAAGACAUCAAAGAUGCACGCAGAGUCAUAACAGAUGGAUGGCAAGUGGAGGAAAUCAACCUAUUUCCCAAGUACGACGACCCCUACGGUGCCUUAAAAGGCGCGAAUCUGAUCAUAGGCGGUGCCCGUCUCGUUGAGGUGGAACUGUUCACCGAAACCCUGAUCGAGCCAGACCCCGAGUACAUGUACGGGUCGCAUUAUUACUACGGCGGCUUGAAGAUCGACGGCCGUUGGGUGGCUAAUUAUAGCCUCGAUGUAGAGGGGGAAGCAGAACGGAGCGGUGGUAGACUUUGGUGUCUGGGUAUGGUGGCGCAAAGAGAUUACAGUAAACUUCGGAAGCCAGUGAUAGGGGGACUUCUUCUCAGAGAGGAGGAGGAGAAGCUUGAUGCCGAUGGGGAUCUUUGUAUUUAUAGCCGGGUGGGAACGUUUCGCCACAUGAGGGUAGAGACUUUUGAUGGUGUUGAACCGCGGCGAAUCAAGCUAGUAUGA